AUGGGCCAGCGGGAAGGGUUCAGCGCGAGUGACGUCGAAAAGAUCAACCGGAUGUACCAGUGCUCGGGCGAUUCCAUCGGAACGGGGCCGCCCAUCAGUUUGCCCUUCCCGGUGCCGCCACCGUUCAACGGAAUCGGUUCCGGCGGUGGUGGUGGUGCAUUCCCCACCGGACCCUACCCAAACGGUGGACCGUUUUAUCCCGGCUAUGGAUACUAUCCGAGUGGACCGGGGGGACCACAGCCGUACUAUCCGGGUGGUUAUUAUCCGCAGGGACCGGGACCGUAUCCGGCGGUUGGACCUUAUGGAUACGGACCGUACUACCCGUACGACGAAAAGGACUCCGAGAUGUACGAUUUGGUGCAGGAAAAUCAAGUUGAAUAA